AACAUUCCCGCGCCAGUACGUUUGUUUUAGUUCAGCUCAUUUAAUUUAUAGCUUAAACCCAGAUAAUCAAUCCACAUACGAGAGGGGCAAAAGUUCAUAUCAUGGAGAAGCUUACCAUAUUGUUCUUAUACUUUACUGUUCUAAUCUCAAUCUUUAUAACUUGUGCAUCCUUAGACACGAUUUCAGCAAAUCAAACCAUCACAGAUGGCAACACCAUUGUUUCAGCUGGUCAAAAUUUUGAAAUGGGGUUCUUCAGCCUUGGCACAUCAAGGAAACGAUACGUGGGGAUAUGGUUCAAGAAGAUAUCAACUCGCACAGUGGUUUGGGUUGCUAACAGAGAGACUCCACUGAGCGAUACGUCUGGUUUAUUCAAACUUAGACAGGGUGCACUACAAAUUCUCAGUGGUAACAACUCUGUAAUCUGGUCAUCAAAUUCAACGGGAUCAGACACAGCUAGGGAUCUGGUAAUGCAGCUUUUGGAUACUGGAAAUCUUAUUCUCAGGGAUAAGGAAAAUUUAAUUUGGCAGAGUUUUGAUUAUCCUGGAGACACAUUUCUCUCAGGGAUGAGAAUUGGUGUUGACUUGAUAACAGGAAAAGACAGACAUUUGACUUCAUGGAAGAGCAAUGACGAUCCUUCUGCUGGUCCGUAUGUCUUUCGGGUGGAUCCAAAUGGGUAUCCACAAUUUUUUGUGAAGCGAGAUGUGAUUCCGGAGUCAAGGUACGGACCUUGGACUGGUGUUACAUUUAAUGGCAUGCGUAAUUUAGGCGAAAAUGCAAUAUUCACACACCAGUUUGUUGUCAGUGAGAACGAUAUAUACUAUGAAUAUGAACUUCUGACGAAAGCUUUUGUUUCCAUUCUGCGUUUGACUCCUGACGGAAAAAUGGGUAACUGGAAUUGGGCCAAUCGGACGGAAAAUUGGAGUUUCUACUCAGGUGCAAGAAUUGAUGAUGCAUGUACACCUUAUGCGAUCUGUGGUUCAUACGGAAGAUGUAACAUUAACUUUGACAAGAAUCAUAAUUGUAGUUGCCUGGAAGGUUUUGAACCACGGCCCUCCGAAGAACGGAGCCUCGCAGAUCAGUCAAGUGGAUGUCAACGGAUUAACCCAUUAGCUUGCGGGAAUCCAGAUGGUUUUCGUAAAGUUUCAGGUGUAAAAUUCCCAGACACAAAUCAUUCGUGGUACAAUCUGAGCAUGACGCUAGGUGAAUGUGAAACAGCUUGCAUGAGGAAUUGCUCUUGUACGGCGUAUGCUAAUUUAGAUAUUAGACGAGGUGGAAGUGGAUGCUUGCAAUGGUUCGAUGAUCUAAUGGAUAUUCGGGAGUCUGAUGAAACUCAAGAGCUUUACAUAAGAAUAGCUGCCUCCGAUAUAUCAAGUCCCACAACCUCGGAAUAUGGCUCCAGAAAGAACAAACAAACGAGCGUUGUAAUUGUGUUAUCUACACUUGGUUUGGUAGUUGUCUGUGUUAUUUUCGCGCUGUACGUAGCAUGGAGAAAGAGAAAAAGACCUCGCAAGACUAUACUAGUUUCAUUGCAAGACCAUGAAGAUAACUAUACGAAUGAGAGUCUCAAUUCGGAUAAAGAGAUGUUGCCUUUUAGCCUUUCUAUGAUUGCUAAAGCGACUAACAACUUCUCUCCCAACAAUAAGCUUGGUGAAGGUGGAUUCGGUCCUGUUUACAAGGGUGUGCUUGAGGAUGGACGUGAAAUAGCUGUAAAACGACUCUCAUCAACUUCAAAACAAGGACUUGAUGAAUUCAAAAAUGAGGUUGGAUGUAUUAACAAACUGCAGCAUCGAAAUCUUGUGAAACUUCUCGGAUACUGCAUUCUAGGGGAUGAAAAAAUGCUGAUAUAUGAAUACAUGGCGAACAAAAGCCUGGACUUGUUUAUAUUUGAUGAAUCUGGAAGUUUUAUGCUUGAUUGGCCUCUUUGUUUUGGUAUUAUCAAUGGGAUUGCUCGAGGACUUCUUUAUCUUCAUCAAGAUUCACGCCUCCGAAUCAUCCAUAGAGAUCUGAAAGCUGCCAAUAUUUUGUUGGACAAUGAUAUGAACCCCAAGAUAUCGGACUUUGGCCUUGCUAGAUGGCUUAGCGGAUACGAGACUGAAGCCAACACGAACAAAGUUGUCGGAACUCAUGGUUACAUCUCUCCAGAAUAUGCACUACAUGGACUUUUUUCUGUAAAGUCAGAUGUGUUUAGCUUUGGAGUUUUGGUGCUGGAAAUUGUGAGUGGCAAGAAAAAUCGAGGAUUCUCGAAACAAGAACAUCAUGAUACUCUUACGGGACACGCAUGGCGUCUCCACAACGAAGGAAGGUCGAUUGAGCUUGUUGGUUCACAUUUGCGACACUCAUUUGUUGACUUUCAAGUAGUACGGGUAGUGCACAUAGGUUUGUUAUGCGUGCAACAUCAUGCAGAUGAUAGGCCUACUAUGUCAUCAGUAGUUCUCAUGCUCGGUAACGAGAAUUCUUUGCCUCCACCUAAACAACCAGCAUUUUUCACCAAAGAUAAAUUGCUAGAAUUCACUCCUAGUUCAUCGUUGCCAACAUUGGAUUCAGUCGGUGAAUUGACGAUAACACAUCUAAAUGCUCGAUAGGAAAUUAAGUUCUCUUUUAAUAUUAUGUAUUCAACUAUGUUCCAAUAAUGCAUCGUAUGUGAAGAGAAUAUAUUUGUGAAACAAGAAUUUAUACUAUUAUAUAUAAGCUAGAUAUUAUGUUAAAACUCAUGUAAUAUACAGUUAGCAAAUUAAAUAACAUAAAAUUUAUUAUAAACA